GAUGAUGAUGAUGAUGAUGAAGAUGAUGAAGAUUGUGAUGAUGAUGAUGAAGAUUGUGAUGAUGAUGAUGAAGAUGAUGAAGAUUGUGAUGAUGAAGAUGAUGAUGAAGAAGAUUGUGAUGAUGAUGAAGAUGAUGAUGAAGAAGAUUGUGAUGAUGAUGAAGAUUGCGAUGAUGAUGAUGAAGAUGAUGAAGAUUGUGAUGAUGAUGAUGAAGAUGAUGAAGAUUGUGAUGAUGAAGAUGAUGAUGAAGAAGAUUGUGAUGAUGAUGAAGAUUGUGAUGAUGAUGAUGAUGAUGAUGAAGAAGAUUGUGAUGAUGAUGAAGAUUGUGAUGAUGAUGAUGAUGAUGAUGAAGAAGAUUGUGAUGAUGAUGAAGAUUGUGAUGAUGAUGAUGAAGAUGAUGAAGAUUGUGAUGAUGAUGAUGAUGAUGAAGAAGAUUGUGAUGAUGAUGAUGAUGAUGAUGAAGAAGAUUGUGAUGAUGAUGAUGAAGAUGAUGAAGAUUGUGAUGAUGAUGAUGAUGAUGAUGAUGAAGAUGAUGAAGAUUGUGAUGAUGAUGAUGAAGAUUGUGAUGAUGAUGAUGAAGAUGAUGAAGAUGAUGAUGAUGAAGAUUGUGAUGAUGAUGAUGAAGAUUGUGAUGAUGAAGAUGAUGAUGAAGAAGAUUGUGAUGAUGAUGAAGAUGAUGAUGAAGAAGAUUGUGAUGAUGAUGAUGAAGAUGAUGAAGAUUGUGAUGAUGAUGAUGAUGAUGAUGAUGAAGAUGAUGAAGAUUGUGAUGAUGAUGAUGAAGAUUGUGAUGAUGAUGAUGAAGAUGAUGAAGAUGAUGAUGAUGAAGAUUGUGAUGAUGAUGAUGAAGAUUGUGAUGAUGAAGAUGAUGAUGAAGAAGAUUGUGAUGAUGAUGAAGAUGAUGAUGAAGAAGAUUGUGAUGAUGAUGAAGAUUGUGAUGAUGAUGAUGAAGAUGAUGAAGAUUGUGAUGAUGAAGAUGAUGAUGAAGAAGAUUGUGAUGAUGAUGAAGAUUGUGAUGAUGAUGAUGAUGAUGAUGAUGAUGAAGAUUGCGAUGAUGAUGAUGAAGAUGAUGAAGAUUGUGAUGAUGAUGAUGAAGAUUGUGAUGAUGAUGAUGAUGAUGAUGAAGAUGAUGAUGAAGAAGAUUGUGAUGAUGAUGAAGAUGAUGAUGAAGAAGAUUGUGAUGAU